GUCCAUAAAAGCGGACCGCAGACGCGAGAGCCGCACAUUCGCAGGAGGACGCUUCGAGUGAACGGACUUUCAGUGGAGCACAGACACGGGAGCAGAGACAGAGACAGCGACAGAGAAAUAGCAUAAAAAGGGCAGUGUGAAUAGUGAAAACGAAAGCGGAAAGAAAGAAAAGUCUGGCAAACACUGGAAUCACAGAGGCAAUCCCUUUGACCUGCUCCAAGCGCGAGGCCCGGCUGACACAGAUUCCACAGGAGACUCCACGGCCCCUGCAGCGACUGACCUGACCCCAGGCCCCCCCCGCCCCCACUCGAGUGGCACGAAAAAAUCGAUUAUCCAUCGCCGAAAACUGCAGCAGAGAGUGCAGCGAACCGCGACUGACAGCAGCAGCAGCUCCUGGCCGAAGGUCAGACACAAGUUCCAGAGGAGGCAGCGUACCGGGAAAGCCACAAAAACGGAGCCAUUAACCCACCAACGAGACUCGACAGCGGUACGGCACUCUGGCACCGGCCACACGCAGACGCUGAGGGACAAGAAGACAACCCCCCACCGGUAGGAGCCCCCCUGAGGAGCCCCAGCAGCCACCAAAUGGCUUACCUAAUCAACAUUCUCAAGUUCAAUGUUAAGUAUCUCAAAAAUCAAUAAUUUGGAGGCACACUCGCAAAGGGAGAACCGCACAGAGAGCCCCCUCUCCCUCCCACAGGACCGCAGGACCACAGGACAUCCCCCCGCACAUCGUUUGGCCAUAAAUAUUAACGUGAUUCUGAUUCUGAUUCAACAAUAGCCAAGGAAAGGCUCCCGUCUCGUCUCGUGUCGUGUCGUGUCUCUCUCUCUCGCUCUCUUGCCCCCCACCCCCCGUCGCAUCUGUGGUGGCGUCUCGCUCUCUGGCUGCCUCUUCUACUGAUAUUCUGCUGUGCUUUUCGCUGCGCUGCAUUCGAUUGCGCGUCCGCGGACAAUGGAAAGGUCUGAGAAAUUUUCAGAUUACCUCUUUGCCAAAAUGGGUCCUCCGAAUGUGACGGCCUCCGUGCACGGCAGCGAGCUGCCGCCGAAGACCACGGAACGAAGCGACGCCCCCCUCGAGCUGACGGGCUACCGGAAGUGGCUGAGCGACAAUCUGAUGCUGCUGGUGACGCUCUCGGGUGUCCUCCUGGGAGUCACACUGGGCCUCUCGCUGCGUCCGUUGCAUCUCCAUGGGGACUGCAUCAUGCUGAUCUCGUAUCCGGGAGAGCUGUUCAUGCGGGUGCUCAAGCUGAUGAUCCUGCCGCUGGUCAUCUCCAGCCUCAUUGCCGGCUCCGCGAGCCUCAAUGCCAAGAUGAACGGCAAGAUCGCCCUGCGGACGCUCGUCUACUUCGCCAGCACCUCGUUCUUCAAUGCCGCCCUGGGCAUUGCCCUCGUGCUGCUCAUUCAUCCCGGAAAUCCGGAUAUGCACAAUAACGACGACCGUUCGACGGACAAGCGGACCGUCAAUCUUCUGGACAGCCUCCUGGAUUUGGGCAGAAACGUAUUCCCGGACAACCUGUUCCAGGCGUCGAUCCAACAGGCCCACACCGUCUACCUGCCCAAGCCGAGCAUCCUGCACGCCUUCAACGAGACGAUGAACGAGACGGCUGUGCUGCUGUCCGGCGGACUGGAGGCGCAGCGCCAGGCCGACGAGCUGGACGAGGUUGUGCUCGUCCGGGAUGUGCAGUACCGGAGCGGCACGAAUACGCUGGGCAUCGUGUUCUUCUGCUUGGUGUUUGGAACCUUCCUGGGGACGAUCGGCCAGAAGGGGCAGGUCGUUGUGGACUUUUUCGCGGCCAUCUUCGAGGUGAUCAUGAAGAUGGUGACGUGCGUGAUGUGGCUGACGCCGGUGGGGAUCAGCUCGGUGAUCGCUGGGAAGAUCCUGAGCGUGGACGACCUGGGCCUGGUGAUGGCGCAGCUCAUCUGGUUCAUCUUCACGGUGGCCGUCGGCGUGUUCCUCUACCAGUUCGUGGUGAUGCAGGCCAUCUACUUCGUGUUCGUGCGCCGCAAUCCCUUCAAGUUCUACGCGGGCCUCAUCCAGGCCAUGCUCACCGCCUUUGCCACCGCCUCAACCGCUGCUGCCCUGCCCAUCACAUUCCGCUGCAUGAACGAGAAGCUGCGCGUGGACCCGCGGAUCACCCGCUUCGUCCUGCCCAUCGGAUGCAACAUCAACAUGGACGGAACCGCUCUCUACAUCGCGGUGGCCUCGAUUUUCAUCGCCCAGAUGAGCGGCAUGGUGCUGGGCUUCGGAGAGCUCCUCACAGUGCUGCUGACCUCCACGGCCGCGUCCAUGAGCUCCGCGAGUGUGCCGAGCGCUGCUCUGGUGCUCCUCCUGGUGGUGCUCACCGCCAUCGAUGCUCCUGUCCAGGAUGUGACCCUCCUCUUCGCCGUCGACUGGUUUGUCGACCGCAUCCGGACCACCAACAACAUGCUGGGGGACUGCUACACCGCCGCCAUCGUUGAGGAGCUGUCGCGCAAGGAGCUGAUGGCCCUGGAUGCCGCCGCCGUCAAUUAUCAGGACAUGCCCGCCGGCACUCCCAAUGGACACAGCGAGGUCAUGCUGGAGGGCCAGACCGAGCUGAUAACCGACUCCGUGGUGGUGGACAUGAGUGCCGUGAUGAACAACGUGAGCCUGCAGCAGGAGCAGCAGCACAGCAACCGCAGGGUCUAAGGAUACCCCAGAUGAUCGCCCCCGUUCGUCAGUCCCGUAGCAGCCACCAGCAACAGCACCACCAAUAGACCAAAUAGUGUUCCCCCGCAAAGCAAAAGCUGUUUUGAUAUCGAUCUGAACAACUAUCGACCGUGAGACUGUCGCAUGAGUGACGAACCCGGAACCCACCCGAUACCAGAAUUUAUUCCCCAUUUUUCCUUCUUUGGACUCGAAGAGAACUCUCGGCCGUCGAGGCGCUGCUCCUCCGAACACACGUAUAUAUCGAAUAUUCUCUCACCUAGUAGUCGUACCCGUAACCGUGCCCGUAAUCGGAUACGGGUGAUGCAGUAGCACAUACAUUCGGACUGGCAAAAGCGAAGGCUUCUCUAUGGGUGCUCUAAGUAUUCGUGAACUGAUUUCUGUGUUACGUUGUUUUGUUGCUUAUUUCUACGAUUAUAUAUUGUGUCGUGUGUGUCGUGUGUGUGUGUCUGGUGCAUGCACCACCGAAUGCGAAGGUUGUACUACAAGAAGCUGGAUCCUAGGUUUACUUCUAGUUUUAGUUUGCGGAUCUGCUGGUCCCUCACUUUUCACGUUUUUGGUUAUACCCGGAUUACCGAUCACCGAUCACCAACUAGCGAUUACCGUUUACCGAUUAUCACACAUGCAUUCGUAGACUGAUAGCAGACUUAGUUCACUAGCGAUAGCGAUAACAAUUAAACAAUUAAAAUAUAUACACCCACACAUAUAUCCGCAUACGUAUACGCGUAGGCGACAAUUACUAACCAAUAUCCAACAUUCGAUUUGUACGCAAACGCCGAAUACAACAACAAUAAAUGUUAUUAUACCAUUAGUUA